AGGGAUCAGUUGGCAGCACUGUUACACGUGCGCAGAAGCUUCGGUCAUUCACAGUUGUUGAGGUUAAAAGUAUCAUUCGAAACAUCAUGAAGCAAAUCCGCUAAACGUAAAAUAUGGUGUGAGUGAUCAAGGAAAAUACUAAAUGACGUGGUACUUUGGUAAUACGUGCCUGCGUAGAAAACUUUUGCAAUCCUUAACGAAUACUCGAGAAAUGUCGAAACAAGGUUCAAAGAAAGCUGGGAAGACUCAAAAAGCACCCAUCACUGAGGAACCUAAGGGACCCGUGGGUACGAAUAAAAGCGGGAAUGUUACUAUAAAAGUACAAGCAAAACCUGGGGCAAAACAUAAUAAUAUAACAGAUAUUUCUGAAGAUGCUGUUGGCGUUGCAAUUUCCGCGCCUCCUGUUGAGGGUGAAGCAAACACGGAACUCGUGAAAUAUUUAGCUUCCGUUUUGGGAAUGAGAAAGUCCGAUGUGUCUUUAGAUAGAGGUUCCAAAAGUCGACAGAAGGUUGUUGUAGUAUCUGGAACCACUGUGGAGAAAGUUUUGGAGAAAUUGAAGGGAGAAAUGGGGACUUGAAAAUAAUUUCAUACAUUUUGUACUUUCUCUUUUCGAGAAAUUAUAUUUAUGGUACAUGAAUAUGGCAAUUUUGCCCGUUCAACGUGUAAUUUUAUACAUUUAUUGCAUUGUAAAAAUAAUUUGUUAAUGACAUUAAGUUAUUUCAUAAGAUUAUUUUUUUUUUAAUCAUGAAGCAAAUAAUAAAGUCUGAUAUGUAUGUACAUUUUAUUAUACAUGCUCGAUAUACGCGAUAGUAUUUUAGUAUUUCCUUUGUUUUGCAAAAUGGCGGAGCUACAGGUGCCUCACAGUGGUUACGGGGAACGUCCAAAAUUCGUCAUUUUGGUGAACAAAUUUUCUAAUUACUUCGUAAUUUUCUGAAUAAAAAAUUCUUAAAAAUA